AUGGUGGUGUGUAACGGUGAUACUAUCGCUGGUGAAGCUGAUGCCAUUGACGAUAGUGGCGGCGGCAGCAGCAGUGGUGGUGGUAGUGUUGAUGGUGGUGAUGGAGAUGGCGGUCAUGGUAGUAUUGGCGGUGUAGGCAGUGCUUGUGGUGUUGGUGGUGAUGGUGGUAUUGGUAGUGUUGGUGGUGAGGCUGUUAUCGGUCUUUCGCAGCGCUCCGCCUCCGUCGCCGAGAGCCGCGGCAGCCCGUCAAGAUACGAUCUGGAUGACCCGAUGCAGUUUGAUCAGGUCCUCACUAGCACAUCCGGGAAAUCCAGUCGAUACCUGUCAGACAGUUGGAAUCGUCUGAGCAGUUUUGCGAGGCUUUUACACCUUCCUCGCCUAUCUGCUAAACCUACACAGUCCCACCUUACAUCUAAAAAACCAUUCCAAUCCCCCACUAACACUAAAGAACGGGAUGUUCCCAAGAAAGUUUUCAGACGUCUGAAGAAAUCUGGUCGUCCCGCCCCUGUCGGGGCAUAG